UGACGCGCGGCCGGGGGCGUGGCUUCACUCUGAAUCAUACUGUCCCAACUUGUCUCGGGCAUAAUCUUACAAACGCUUUCAGAAGGGUUUAUUUAACGUCGUUGGGUGUUCCACGUGUUGCAAUAAAUAACACGCAGCAUUAGCAGUGUUCAACAUUGUCAAGUGAUUUAAGUUAUAUGUCUAGAUAUUGCUGAAUCAACAAUGGAUUCGCCAACUGGAUCGAGGGUUUCAGACCCCCAGCAUUCCCAGAAACUACUCCGGGUGCUGCGUUCUUUCUGGCAAGAGGAAAGUUUUCAUGACGCACUGUUGGUAGUGAACGGCGAGGAGCUUCCUAUCCAGAAAAACAUUCUUGCUGCUGCCAGCCCAUAUAUCAGGACCAAACUCAACUACAACCCUCCAAAGGAAGAUGGAUCAACCUACAGAAUUGAGCUUGAUGGAGUCUCUAUGCUCAUCAUGAAACAGAUCCUGGACUAUAUAUUCAGUGGCGAAAUCAGCCUGAGCGAGGACACCAUCCAGGACAUGGUGCAGGCCUCUGACCUGCUCCUCCUCACGGACCUCAAGUUCCUCUGCUGCCAAUUCCUGGAGAGCUGCAUCACGGCCGAGAACUGUAUUGGCAUCCGCCUCUUCUCGCUGCACUACUGCCUCCACCACGUGCACCACGUGGCCACCGAGUACCUGCAGACGCACCUCCGCGACGUGGCGCUCACGGAGGAGUUCUCGGAGAUGCCCCACGACCGGCUCUGCGAGCUGCUGGCCAUGGAGAAGCUCAACGUGGGCAACGAGAAGCACGUGCUGGAGGCGGUGGUGCGCUGGUUUGCGCACGACCCCGAGGAUCGCAGGGUGCACAUGAAGGAAGUGAUGUCCUCAGUAUGGCUUCAUGGCCUGGACUCUUCUUACCUCAGAGAACAGGCACUCGGGGAGCCGCUGAUGAGGGAGGUGAUCAGAGAGUACUGCCAGCCUGCCCUGGCGGGUCCUGCCCCAACAGGAGAGGCUCUCCUGGCCGCCUUCAAGCCUCGGGGCUACUCCGAGUGCAUCGUCAUCGUCGGGGGGGAGGACCGCAAGGACUCUAAGCCGACGGCGGCGAUGCGCUGCAUGUGUCCGCUCUACGACACUCACCGCCAGGGCUGGAUAGAGCUCCAGCCAAUGAGCAUGGCUCGUGUUUCUCAUGGCUUGGUGACAGCCGGGGGCUUUCUGUUUGUCUUGGGGGGCAUGGAUGAACACAAGAACAUUCUUGAUAGCGGAGAGAAGUACGAUCCUGAGACCAACACCUGGAGCCCCAUACCGUCUAUGAUGCAGGCACGGCAGAAUUUUGGUGUGGUAGAGCUGGACGGGAUGAUCUACGUCCUGGGAGGAGAGAACAAGGAGAUGGAGCUGGUCACCAUGGAGAUGUUCAACCCCUACCUCAAAACCUGGAAACUGCUGCCCAGCAUGACUAUGGUUCGCAAGAUCGGUUGCUAUGCUACAAUGAAUAAGAAGAUUUAUGCUAUGGCUGGCGGCUCCUAUGGGAAACUCUAUGACUCUGUGGAAUGCUUUGACCCCACGACCCAGCAGUGGACCGGCCUCUGUCCCCUGAAAGAGAGAAGGUUCGGCUCGGUGGCGUGCGGCGUGGGCAAGGAGCUCUACGUGUUUGGCGGCGUGCAGACCAAGGAGCAUGAGAACCCAGAUCAGAGGCACAUGACCACCUGCAAGUCUGAGUUCUACCACGACGACAUGAGGAGAUGGAUGCACUUGGAUGACCAGAACCUGUGUAUUCAGACCAGCUCAUCGUUUGUCUACGGAGCGGUGGCCAUAGGAGCCAACAUCUAUGUGGUGGGAGACCUGGACACAGGCAGGAGCUUUGACUACAUCAGAGAGUUCCGGCGCAGCAGCGGAACGUGGCACCGCACCCAGCCCAUGCUCCCCAACGACCUCUACAAGACGGAGUGCUCCGCCCUGCGCAUCGCCAACUGCCGCCUCUUCGGCCUGCAGCUGAAGCAAGGCAUGUUCCGCGUCCCGCCAUUGGCCCAACGCCCCCAAGUCCCGGGCCGCUGAGAGUCACCCGGCCACUACCAUUUUGUUUUACUAGGACUUGAGAUCUUUGAAAGGAACCGUAUGGAACCCUCUUUUUAAUUGUUGUAUGUUGGUGAUUGUGAGUUACUGUCUCUCUUUUAUCGGUUGUUGGUAAAGUGGUUUCUUUUUGUACGACUUGGCUGGCUCUGUGGGAAAGGGUGGCCUCUUAACCCUUUUGGUAUUUUUGUAGAACGGUUUAAAUCCGUUUUGGUUCAUUCUAACCCCGGCCUUUUUAUGUUGCUUUGAUUUAUUUCUUUUCAGAAAAGGAAGGGAUUUGAUUUGGAUUUGAGCUUAUUACUUUAUUGAAUAUAUAGAUGUUUAACUUUUACUUAUCUGCCUUACUCCUCUGUGGAUUUGGCCAUAUGUUGCUCAGACCAUGCUUGGUGGACAUUGUGGUAGACACUUGAAAUCACACGGAAGACAUUAUUUACAACACUAGUCCUAGUACAACCAUAUAUGCACCUCGCUCGGUUCUGCACCAGACGACACCUUAAGUGACCGGUUAAAGCACACGAAAUGGAAAGCCCCCCACAUAGGUCUCCUAUAUAGGCUUAAACCAACUGUAUGCAAGGGGUGAGGGAGUUCCACUUGCGUUGUCAACUCCCUCCCUCCCUCCUCUCCUGUGGUCUCCCCUCUAGGCCUGUCUGUGUCUCUCUGUCAAGGCACAGACAGGCCCCCGGUCAGAAAUAGAUGGGAGUGCUUGUGGUUGUGGGAAGGGAGGGAGGGAGGAAGGUGAGGCGGGAGCGACCGACAACACUCUUAACUAUUUGGAUGUCUCUCUGACCUCUCGACCCGGCUUUAACAGUCAGCGUGGAUCGUUUUGGCCUCCAUUGACGCCCCCAAACCCCCCCCACCCCCACGUUUGUUCUGUGAGAGUUACAGCUGUUGCUGUCGUCCAACCUCAGAGAACCCAUGUUGGGGAUGGGCCUGGGGGGUGGGGAGGGGAGGGGGGGGGGGGAGAAUCCCGUCACACACUUGGCAAACGUAUAAUAUAUACACAAAUACACAACUCACCAGGGUUACAUUUGUGUGGGACCUGGCACUGCAUGCUGUGGCCUGGCGCCCGUGCCGCAUGUGUACACAUGUUGCUUGAUAUUGUCACUAGGACGCCAGGCAUUUACAGGCAACACUGUAGUUUCCCUUACCAGCCCGAGACAGGCUUAUCUGUAAAUGACGUCAUCAGCGUCAUCAUCAUGUGCGGUUGCUUAGUGCCCUUGCAACACGUACAAAAUUCCUUCAAAUUGCAGUUGGAGUUGCUGUUUAAGGCGGAACAUUAGAAUCACUCUUUGAGAGGUAUAGUUGACAUUUUUGAUAUUUGUUAUGAAAUGAAUUGCUAAUGCUUCCUUCACUGAGUUUCUAUUUUUUCUUCCCCAGACUUUAUAGGGUUUGCUUUAGAUUUCUGUGUUAGACGCUAUUUUGACACUAAUUUGACCAAAGAUCCCUUGAUACAUUUCUGAUGGAGAAAGGCUUCUAAUAUAAUGUAUCUUAUGGAAUCAACAUGCAUUUUCUCUUUGCUUUAUUUUCAGGUUGUUUUUUAAGACAAGUUCAAAACACAAAUGCCUGUUAACAGGACUACAAAUACAUUUCUGAUACACAAUGAACUGCGUUUUAAUGUGCUGCCUUUUUGGAGUCCCAGGCAUCAGAGUUAAAGGCCAGGCGUACGUUGGGUUCGGGGCUGGGUUUGGUGUGUAACACAACAGGAUUUCUGAACCUCAUCAGGAUGGAGAUAAUUUCGUUAAACCGAGUGGCUCUUAUGACAUGCCAUGUAAUUCAACCAAUUACAGGUCCUGACUGCUCACACCCACACGGUGUGCUGGCAAAAUAUGCCGAUAUCUCUCUUUUCCUUCUAGCCACAACGCUCCCUGUGUGUCACAUGCACAAAUGCAUGUUGACACGCAUAAUGAAACACGGUCUGGGAGUUAGCCCUGUGCACAUAAGUUCUAAGGAGUCCACUUCUUUUCGCAUGGGGGAUAGUCAGCUCCGCAUGUCGGCCCUCUGGGUCUGACAUUAAAGAGUUGUACACAGAGGUCAUAUGUUGAUUUAAGGAAAUAUCCAACCUUAUUCUAUAUGCCGCCUGAUCAGAGAACACAAUGGUGAUGCUAUGCUCAAUGCUAUUUCUGCCGAUGAUCCCUAUUGGUUUAAGGAACUAGCAAACAACAUAGCCUAGCUAUCCAGUGAUGGGACAACCUGAUGGUGAAACUAAUCCAUUUCAGGUUGAGGGGUUUAAACAGUCGCCUCAACAACACUAUGCUCUUUGUCAUUUCUCACUAAUUAUGUACAACCAUGUCUGUUAUGCUCAUUACUUGAACUCUGACCUUUCCUCAACCUUCACAUUAACUCAAUGUUGACACAGUUUUAAAUGGAGCGCAACUGGUGGAACAGGGUGGAGGUGUGUCCGCCGAGGUAUGUGGAGUCCCUCCACUGUUAUUGGUCAAAAGACCAGACUUAUGGGGGCUGGUGGAAGAGAUGUGGACAAGGAAGAAUGGCUUUCCAAGAACUGUUAAUUUCACAACAAGCACACAAGAAACCUCAACAUUGUGGUUUCCACCGCUUCCAACAUUUAUAUUUUUUGUUUUAUGAACGUGAUGGCCUACUACUGAUGUAUAGUUGUAUAGCAUAGCUCCCCUUCAGCUGCCCUUUUUCCCUAAAAAUGUCAUUUUGAGGGAGGGUGGCUAUGUAGGCAAAACUUGCCAAAAUAUUUGCCCAAUAAAUUCUCUAACUUUAUGUUUUAAGUUGAGGAUGAGGCCAAUCUGACUGUUAUGCUUAUUGUUGAAUAUUGUCCAAAUGCCAAUAUUCUAUAUUGUCCCAACUUUCAAAGUUUUUUUUGUACAGUAAUACUAUCAACAUUUUGGCUGGAUUAUUAAGGAAGUCAUCAACAAGGAAAAACAUAUAUAUAUUUUUUUUAACAAUCUCGCCAGUCUGGUUAUUGAUCAAGUGCUGUUGGCAUGCCUUGCUGGUAGAAAGACACAAUUUAACUUACAAGAACAGAAAACUUAAUACCAAAAAGAUUAUAUCUUUAGUAUUUCAAACAUAAUGUAUCUCUUAGUUAAGGCAGAUAUUGUAUUGUUCAGUUAUUAACUAGGCACUAGACUAGUAUUAAAACAAAAAAAAAGGUUGAACUGUUGAGUGACCAUGACCAUAAAAUGUUUGGAGCCAUAUUUGGUCACCAUCUUAAUUUGGUACGAGUUUUGAAUGCUUGACUAGUUUCAUGUUUUUGUGAAAGAAAAUGUUAUUGAUCUCUUUUUUGAUUCUUUCUUAUAUGUAGGGAUGUACUGUAUGUGUACUAUUUAUUCGUUCACUACCCCACAUUGACUAUGCUUAAGGCUGGUUCCAUUUCAGUCAACAAAACGUAGGCCUAGAGGCAAUAUUCUUGCUGGGAAAAUGUACACUCCAAAAGAUAAACAUGGCCGUUUUUAUCCCUUUCUUAUCUCUUGAUGUCAGCAUAUAAAUGUUGCAAUGCCACCUA